GCAGGAGAGCAAUACCUUUACGUCAGAGCGACGCUGGCAAUGACGAACACACCAGCUCUCCUCCAUGCCAUACCUUCUUCGGCUCCAAAAAAAUUGAGAGAGAGAGAAGCCCUCAUCAGUACCACUGUGAUGACACUUCUGUAGCCUGUGACCACGGGUACAGACCAACUUCUGUCAACUUGAACGAUCAAUAAUUAACGUUUUUUGGACCACAUUUGCUCGACUGAGAACAACAAACAACUCUUACUCUUAACAACUAACUAACCAACCAACUACAGUCCUGUGAACAUUUCGUGUGCGCGUUUGUUUCCCUUAUGUCCCGAAAAUCGAGCGACAAUGACUAUAGUCUUCGUAGUAUGAGCAACCUGAUGGGUGAGAGGAGGAAGAAAGUGAACGAUGACGGAGAGCGGAGCCUCAUCAAAGCUCCGUCCAGCGCGAGCAUCAACAGCCAGGCUGUCCCUGCCAAUGCCGCUACCGCCACCACCACCGGGGACCUGGAGAGAGAGGCGCGUAAACAGUUCCACCAAGAUGUCACACCUGGGUUUGUUUAUGUUCUGGCCGCGUUCUCCGCGCUGGGUGGCUUUCUGUUCGGCUAUGACACCGGGGUAAUCUCGGGAGCGAUGCUCCUGCUCAAGAGGGAGAUGAAUCUCAGCGCCCUAUGGCAGGAGGUUCUGAUCUCUAGUACUGUGGCUGCCGCCGCGCUGUCCGCGUUUGCCGGCGGGUUCUUGAACGGAGUUUUCGGGCGCAGGGUCUGCAUCCUCCUGGCUAGUUUCAUCUUCACAUCUGGGGGAAUAGUGCUUAGCGCAGCUCCCGAUAAGGUGGUUCUCCUGGUCGGACGUCUCAUUGUCGGGCUUGGACUUGGUAUUGCGUCCAUGACGGUGCCAGUGUACAUAGCUGAGACGUCUCCCCCCCACCUGAGAGGCCAGCUGGUGACAGUAAACACACUGUUCAUCACGGGAGGCCAGUUUACUGCCAGCAUCAUAGAUGGAGCCUUCAGUUACCUACGCCACGAUGGAUGGAGGUAUAUGCUGGGUCUGUCGGUGGUCCCUGCGGUGCUCCAGUUCGUGGGGUUUCUGUUCCUGCCAGAGAGCCCCCGCUGGCUGAUCCAGAAAGGCCUUACCCAGAAGGCCCGGCGCGUGCUCAGCCAGAUUAGAGGCAAUCAGAACAUUGACGAGGAGUACGACAGCAUCAAGAACAGCAUCGAGGAGGAGGAGAAAGACUGCGGAGGAGAUGGCCCUGUGAUCUGGAGGAUGCUGACCUACCCCCCCACACGGAGAGCACUCCUGGUGGGAUGUGGACUACAGAUGUUCCAACAGCUCUCUGGGAUCAACACCGUCAUGUACUACGGCGCCACCAUCCUGCAGAUGUCAGGAGUGCGGGAUGACAAGCUGGCCAUCUGGUUGGCCGGGGUCACAGCCUUCACCAACUUUCUGUUCACCCUCCUGGGGGUGUGGCUAGUGGAGAAGGUUGGCCGCAGGAAACUCACACUGGGGAGCAUCAUCGGGACAUGUCUGAGUUUGUCUCUGCUGGCCAUUGGGUUUCUGCUGUCUGCCCAACACACCCCUCCUGUCACCCUCCACCCCACUGACCCGUCAAUGGUCAACUCCACCUGCAACAGACACCUGCUGUGUGAGCCGUGUAUGCUGGACCCGGCGUGUGGCUUCUGUUACCGUGAGAACAGCACGGCUCUGUUCGCCUCAUCCUGUGUACCUGUCAAUACAGCCUCCACAGAGAAGGCAGCCUGGGGCAGGUGUUCCAACUCGACACAGCUGAGAGUCCAUACGUACUGGGCCUAUAACUACUGUCCCACCUCCUACUCCUGGGUGGUCCUACUGGGUCUUGUUCUCUAUCUGGCCUUCUUCGCCCCAGGUAUGGGUCCGAUGCCGUGGACAAUCAACUCUGAAAUUUAUCCCCUGUGGGCCCGGAGCACAGGGAACGCCUGUUCAGCUGGAGUCAACUGGACGUUUAACUUCCUGGUCUCCCUCACCUUCCUCCAUGUGGCUCAGAACCUCACCUACUACGGUAACACAGACACAUCUUCCUCCACGUGGCCCAGUCCCUCACCUACUACGGAGCGUUUUUCCUUUACUCCGGCCUGGCUCUGCUGGGGUCCUUCUUCAUCUACGGCUGUCUGCCUGAGACUAAGGGCCGGAGGCUGGAGGAGAUUGAGUCCCUGUUCGACAACCAGCUGUGCUCCUGCGGGGCCACGGACUCUGACGAGGACCGGCAGGUGGAGUACAUCAGGGUGAAGGGGAGCAACUACCACCUCUCUGACAACGAUGCCUCCGACGUGGAGUAGCCAUAGCCUGUGUGCCAGUCUGUUUGUGCUUUCAUGCCAACUCACUGUCACUCAUUGUCACUCAUUGUCAUGCCAAAUAAUGGCUUGAUGAUGACAGCCAUGGAGUUGGCAAGAGCACAACAGAUCUAGUUUGUAACUUUGGCCCUGGAUAUUGUCCCUGUUCUCUCAUCCCAGAAAGUGUGUAUCAAGUGACUCAGUGUUGAUUUAGGAUCAGUUUAUCCUUUUAGAUUAUAGUAAAUAAUAUUACAUGGACAGGAAGCUUGAUACAUGUACAUACAGGCCCUGAUCUGCAUCCUCCCAGAGUCCUGUUCUCUGGUUUGCCUCACAGUCACGUCGGUUACAUUGCUCCAUCUUUUUCACGGACAGGGUAGCUAUUUAUAACACGUGAGUUACUUACACAUUUGAUUUUUCCUAUUCAAUGUUGUAGAUACAUCUAUAGUUUGACGAGAAUCCUCUUUUUGAUUUAAAAACCAUCACGUGAAUAGUAUUAAGCAUACAUUACAUUCGUAUUUAUCCUCAGCCUUUAGACAUCCAUUUUACUGUUCAUCUGUCGCAUUAUGAUGGAUUUCCAUAUACGUGAGGCAGACCAACUACGAUUAACAAAACUAUUGCUGUUUUCCUCACAUAAAACCAUAUGAUUAGAGAUAGAACCUCUUCACAACAAAACCUUAUUGUAGGAGGCCAAACGUCCACCAAAAGUGUUCAAUUCAGAGCGAGGGGUUGUAAUAUAUAGUGUUGAUACCAGUAUGCCUUUCUAUAUGAAACACAACUCAGUACAAUAUUGUCUCAGCUUGUCUGUAGCGUCACACAUGCGGUGUCAAGACACUAGUAAUACACCUGGGAUAUACGUCCCAAACGGCACCCUAUUCCCUAUAGAGUGCACUACUUUUUAACUAGAGCCGUAUGGGCCUUGGUCAAAAGUAGUGCACUAUAAAGGGAACAGCAUGCCAUUUGGGACGUAGCCUGGUCUCCAUCUGAUGAUGAAGUUCGGUCUUGCUUUGCAGUUUGUUUGAAUCAUGUUGGUUGUAAAAGCUACAGUAGCACAUGACCUGUCUCUGUUUUCUCAUUUGUAAACCUAUGAAUUGUUAUGUUAUUUAUUCCUAUGUAUUUCACCCAUGAUGUCGGUGCCUGUACUGAAGUGAAAUGUAUGAAGGAGUUGACUAUAUGGCCAGCCAGCGUGAUGAUAGACUCUUUUUUUUUUUUUUUCAGAAGUUGCACAAAUGUUUUUAUUGAUAAAUGUUGACUAGACUAUUCAUUGGGUUACUCAGUCCAUCAGAGAGAAUAACCUAUACACUGAAAUGGACAGUUUAGUCAGUUAAUGUUACCCACAUAGUUGCUCUUUGGGAAAACAAUGUCAGAAAGAAUGUCUUAUUUUGUCUCCAUUGUAAGUUGUGUCUUCCUCCACAGCCUUUACGUACAAAUCGCAAUGCACACUCUUCACGUGAAAGAGCUGGGGUUCUCGUGUUCUAAAGGUUCGAGGAGUACCGCCCUGUACUUGCUAUUGUCCUUUUAUAUAUCGUUAAACUAUGUAAGGUGACACAUUUUUAGUUGAGUACUCGAGUACAAGAUGUGUGUAGCAGACUCUCGUUGAAAGUGGUCAACAUAACGUCGCUGAGAAUAUGUCUGUGUAUUAUUGUCUGUGACAAAACAAGAUAGAUAGCUACUAUUGUGAAUUCAAAUAGGAUUUUCUUUAGACUGAAAUGAAAUGACAGCGUUUCAAGGUAUCACUAGAUGUGUUUUGCCAGUUCAUUGGAACAACAAUAUCAAUAUCGGAUUAUUGAGUAUUUAUUAUCAAUAUUUGAGUAUUUGAUUAGAAAUGUGAUUCGAAAAGAGAGGAUACUAUAGGUAGACUAAACAGGAGGUUCACUGGAAGACGGAAUAACUUUUUGCUUUGAGUUUUUUUUCGAGAAACAACACUUUAUGCACAUCCCCUUCACAGAGGCGACAACAUUGUCGUCAUGUAACAAACAUGUAAAUGAGAUAGUGUCAAACAAGUUAUUUGAUGUGUUGUGAUUUUCGAAUGCACUUUGAUUUUAAGACGGUCACAACCGCUUGACAACCCAUUGUGUUAUUAUUAUAUUGCCUUUGCUUUAAUUCCUAAAUGGGGUCAUCCAAUGUGUUUAUGGUGAACGGGUGCAAUUUUUUCUAUGUGAAAACAAAUUAAAUGCAGUGUUUCAAUUCUAGGUUAUGAAGAAGAACUAGUGAAGACUUAAAACAAAUAUUUAUCCAGCGCUGUAUAGUAUACAUUUGAUUAUUGUUGCUGUAAAUGUUUUGCUAGAAUUUAUAUUCUAUCAAAGUAAAUAUAUUCAUGAGAAUCUUGAACACUUGAAUAUGUAUCGGGGGAAAAUAAAUAAACUAAUUAUCUUGCA